AUGGCCGAAGACGAUACAGAGCUAUGGCAUAGAAGAUUGGGUCACGUGUCGUAUGGUACGCUGAAUGCCAUGGUCAAGGACGGAAGGAUCAAGGGCGCAACGAUGAAGACGAACGUUGCGUGUGACGUAUGCGCAACGUCAAAGCAAGUGCGCAAGUCAUUCAAGACAAGUGAAGAAGACGCUGAAACCAGGGAGAGUUCGCGUUCCGACGUGGUGGUGUGCUCCGACGUUCUCGGACCUAUCACGCCAGCGUCCAAGUCUGGUUUCAGUUACGCCGUAACCUUCAUCAUGAUGAAGAGCAGGUAUGUAACGGUCUAUCCGUUGCGAAAGAAGAGCGACGUUGCGAGUGCGUUCAAGCGGUUUUACCAAGAUGUCAAGACAGCAUCUGGAACGAAGAUAAAGGUGUUGCGAAGUGACAACGGCGGCGAAUACCGGAACGAAACGAUGAACAGCUUUUGCAAGGCAAAGUUCAUUAAGCAAGAGUUCACGGUUCCGUACAAUCCAGAGCAGAACGGGAUGGCGGAGCGGAUGAACCGCACGCUGGUGGAGAUGACGCGCUGUAUGCUCAAGGAAAGCGGCCUCGACAAGUCCUAUUGGUGCGAGGCACUAAUGACAGCGGCAGACAUCAGAAACAUUCUGCCGAACGCGUCGAACAAGAACUCAAGCCCACACGAAAUGGUGUUCAAGAAGGUUCCGCGCAUCGAUCACAUGCGCGUGUGGCGAAGGAGAAGAGAAAGAAGCUGGACGACUCAGGCGUGCGAUGUUUCUUUCUCGGCUAUGAGAAGGACCAAAAGGCGUAUCGGCUUCUCAACGCGGACGAUGGCUCGAUCGGGAUUUCAAGAAGCGUCACGUUCGCUGAGCAUUCUGUCACGAAAGCAUCGAAAAGCAGAGACACGCAGGUCUUCGAUGUCAUUGAAGAAGAUGAAAGUGUGGAGGCGUCGCUAA